GUUUUGGCUACUGAUAGCAAUUAUUCUGGACCAUUUACCGACACCCUUUGAACUAUUAACCGAUUCUAUUUCUGUCCUCAAUUGGAUCCAAAUCCAUUAGACACAAAUUCCAAAUUUCAUUUUAAAACCAAAAGUUCUUUAUAAAACGCAAAUGGGUUUUCGAUGCUAUUGAACCAAAAGGCUGUAACUUUCCCAAAUCUAGUGCUUGCUCCAUUUGCAUUGAAAUGUGCGAAGUGAACUAAGUUGAGGAAGGAAAGGAAAUGUCGGUGAAGAACAGAGGAGGCAGCGAGUUUGCUUCAAGAAAUGCAUUCUCUAGGAACUGGGUUCUUCUGCUAUGUCUUGGGAGCUUUUGCGCUGGAAUGUUCUUCACUAACAGAAUGUGGAUCGUUCCAGAAGGUGAAAGGACUUCAAAGGUUUUUAGGGUUGCUGAUGCACAAAUGAAGAUAAAAUCUGAGAAUUGUAAUCCACAACGUAAUGCAUACAAUGCAAGCAUAAUUGAGAAUUCAAGGACACGGCUCAGUAUCCAGGAACUGAAUGACACAAUUGCAGAUUUGGAAAGGAAAUUGGCAGCCGCAAUGGAGGACAACAAAACUGUAUUAAAGGGAUCUCUCACAUUGGACAAUCUGAAGACUGAUGAUUUGACUUUGAAGAGGAGAAAAUACUUCAUGGUUAUAGGAAUAAAUACAGCUUUUAGCAGUCGGAAGCGAAGGGAUUCAAUUCGUAGUACUUGGAUGCUACUAGGUGAAAUCGGUGAAAAAAGAACGAAGCUCGAGGAAGAGAAAGGGAUAAUCAUACGCUUUGUUAUAGGACAUAGUUCAACAUCAGGUGGCAUUCUUGAUAAAGCUGUUGCUGCAGAGGAGCUUCUGAAUAGAGAUUUCUUGAGACUGAAUCACGUUGAAGGCUAUCUGGAGCUAUCGGCCAAGACAAAAUCUUAUUUUGCCACUGCUGUUGCUUUGUGGGAUGCUGAAUUUUAUGUUAAAGUCGAUGACGACGUCCAUGUCAACUUAGCUACUCUUGGAUCAACUUUAGCUGCACAUCGAAUGAAACCUCGGGUUUACAUUGGUUGCAUGAAGUCUGGUCCUGUUCUUUCACAGAAGGGAAUGAAGUACCAUGAACCAGAGCAUUGGAUAUUUGGUGGAGAAGGAAACAAGUACUUCCGUCAUGCGACCGGGCAGCUUUAUGCAAUUUCAAAGGACUUGGCAAAGUAUAUACUAAAGAAUCAAGAUGUGCUGCACAAAUAUGCUAACGAAGAUGUAUCUUUGGGAUCUUGGUUCAUUGGUUUAGAUGUGGAGCAUGUUGAUGAUAGAAAACUAUGCUGCGGUACCCCACCUGAUUGUGAAGUGAAGGCUCAGAGUGGAAAUCCAUGUGUGGCUUCAUUUGACUGGAAAUGCAGUGGCAUUUGCAAGUCUGUUGAGAGGAUAAUGGAAGUUCACAGCCGCUGUAGAGAAGAUGAGAAUGCUGUGUGGACUAAAAGCUUUUGACAGAAUCACUGCUUUUCAAAGUCAAAGGAUGAAAGAUAAACCAAGCACACUAAAUGAUGAAAUCGAAUGAUGCAAAAUUCCUACAUGUCCUUCAGGAGACAAUUUUAGGUGCCAUCACCCAGGAGAAAAAGACAGAAGCUCAAUGACUGAAGCUGUUUGUGUGUAUUUAGAGGGUGGGGAAAAAGGCCUGUCUUCAAACUUCUUUAUACAUUGCCCCUCAGUCUGAACUACUGAUACUUUCUGCAGCCUUUUUUUUUUUUUUUUUUUUCAUUUUUCUUUAUAUAGUAAUGAAUUAUAUGAUUAUACAGAAAAGGAAAAAGGAAAAAAAUCAAAUUGGAAUGUCCUUGGCAGUGCUCUCUCUCUUAUA